AUGCAGUCCUCAUCUACGGAAUUGUCAGAGGAGCUCACUUCGGCCCUUGCUGCGGGACGGUGGUGGGCGAUUAUGGAGGUUUCAGACCCCAUCCCUGACGACUAUGAGUACGACUUCUCCGUCUCAGAGGAGUGGGGGGAUACAAAAGAGGCAGGAGCAACAUCAAGUUCCUCAUCCCUGGUCUUAUCUGAGAAGGCUCAUUUCCUACACUCCGGCAUCUCAGAUGAAACACUGAAGACCAUACCGGAGUGGAGACAGAAGAGGACGCAGGGGGCACACUUCUCUUCUAGAUCCAGACAUGAAGCGCCUGUGCCCAGGGUACCAGUGUCUGCCUCAAAGGUGCUCACUUACUCCUCUCAUGGAGCACCUAUGCAGAAGAUCGAGCCUCUGACUUGUGCUCAGGCAGCACUUGUCAUUAAAAAGAUCUCAGAGAGGAGAAAUGCAACAAACCCUGAGCUGCGGAGGCAAAAUUCGCAAAAUGCACCAGAGGCCGAGUCUUCCGUAAAACUGAGGAUCCCGAAGCAGAGGGAGAAGGUCAGGGAUUGGUCGGAGCGUCAGCAGAGGCAGAACAACAUCCGAAAGGGAGUUUCUGACAGUGCCGGAGUGGACAGGUCAGCCUCACAAAAAAAGCAGCGGAUGGCGAUCACAGUCAACGACCUACAGUCGGUUCCAGGCGGCGCAGACCAAAUGGACUGUUUCUGUUGCUUAUUUGAAAAAUGUUGUGUCAUUUAA